AAGCAAGAAGCUAAAGAUUGAGUUUGAAAGAAAAAAGAGAACUACCUACAUUCACAUAGAAGAACAAACAUGGCUUGCUGGUCUGCUGAGAAUGCCACAAAAGCCUACCUCAAAUCCUUGAAACUGGGCCAAAAAGCAAAUGAGCCAGAUGUGGUUGAGUUCGUUUCAGCACUAGCCGCAGGCAACAAUGCACAGCUAAUGGUUGUGGCGUGUUCCGGUGCAGCUGACUACACCACACUUGCCCUGGUUGAGGCAGCACAGCAAACCGGAGGGCGUGUGGUGUGCAUUCUCCGUGGCAAUGAAGAACUACGAAUGUCUGAGAAAGUCCUUGGCAUUAAAAAUGUGCGUCACAUUGAUUUUGUGAUUGGGGAGGCCCAAAGUCUUGUGUUGAACUAUUACAAGGAGGCUGAUUUUGUGCUGAUUGAUUGUAACCUUGAGAACCAUGAGGGGAUUCUUAGCGCGGUGCAAAUGGGGAAGAAGCAAAAUGGGGCAGUUGUUGUGGGGACUAAUGCCGUUUGCAAAGGGUCGUGGCGGUCCGGUGGGGCGAGGACUCAGUUGUUGCCUAUAGGAGGAGGAUUGUUAGUGACAAGAAUCGCUGCUAGUGGUGGUUGUGGUACUAUUGAGAGGAGGAAGUCCCAAUGGGUUGUGAAAGUUGACAAAUGUACAGGUGAAGAGCAUGUUUUCAGGGUCAGGUUUCCACGAGGGAAAGGGAUUCAAGCAUAGGCUUAGUUGAUUACUUGCAUCAUCAGUUGAUUGUGUCUUGGAGAAGACUUGAUUUUGCUUUCUGAUCAUAAGAAAUUUAUAGUAUUAGAUAUAAGUAGUUUAUGGAUCUUAUGAUUCAGAUCAUGGAACUUAAUUGAAAUGUGUAUAGCAAAUGAAAUGUACAUGUAGUAGCUAAUAGAUAGUACUAUAAAGUCUAUAUUUGAUUGAAUUUG